CCGCUAGGCGCGUGCGUAGAAUCACCUACACGCCCGCUAGUGCGCACGCGCCCUGGGCCGCGCGUGCGUGCGUGGGGUCCGGGAGGAUGAGCCCCGGAAAGCAAGGGAAAGGGGUGGGGUUGGAGCAGGGUCUCGCGCAUGCGUGCGCUGCACGAACCAUUUGGCGGGUUUUUCCUGGCCACUCUUGUCUGUUACCGUCACUGAGAAGCUCUGGCGUAGCUUUUAGGAAGCGGGACGUUCUCCCCAGGAAAGCGUCCUCUUGAGAUUUCUGCUCCCUCCAGGGCGUUUGGGGGCCACACCUUCAUUAUUUUAAAAAGAGUAUUUAUCUGUGGCCAACGGCCGGGGCCUUCUGACAGUGUGAGGUCUUGCUUGGGCUAGUUGAUCACCUCCAGCCACGGUCCGCGGAGAGUGGAAGGAUAAGAAGCCGAGGGUUUCUUGGGCGCAGGUCGGAGCUGGGUAGACCCACUUCCCGGCCCCCGGCUUGGGCGACCAUGUCCGUGUCGCCCAAGCAGCUGGCGGAGGAGCUGCAGAUCUUCGGCCUAGACUGCGAGGAGGCUCUGAUUGAGAAAUUGGUAGAGCUUUGUGUUCAGUAUGGACAGAAUGAGGAGGGAAUGGUAAGUGAGCUUAUAGCCUUCUGCACCAGCACACAUAAAGAUGGCCUUACCUCAGAGAUCCUGAACUCUUUUGAGCAUGAGUUUCUGAGCAAAAGAUUGUCCAAAGCCCGGCAUAGUGCCUACAAGGACAGUGGCCAUGCGGGAGCUAGAGACAUUGUUUCCAUUCAAGAGCUAAUUGAAGUGGAAGAAGAAGAGGAAAUCCUCUUGAACUCGUAUACCACACCCUCAAAGGGUUCUCAGAAGCGAGCUAUCUCCACCCCAGAAACCCCCCUAACAAAAAGGAGUGUGUCAACUCGUAGCCCCCAUCAGCUCCUCUCACCAUCAAGUUUCUCUCCAAGUGCUACUCCCUCCCAGAAAUAUAACUCAAGAAGUAACCGAGGAGAAGUGGUUACCUCCUUUGGCUCAGCACAGGGAGUGUCUUGGUCUGGGAGAGGAGGAGCUGGAAACAUCAACCUGAAGGUCUUGGGGUGUCCAGAGGCACUAACUGGGAGCUACAAAUCCAUGUUUCAGAAGCUCCCAGACAUUCGAGAAGUUCUGACCUGUAAGAUAGAAGAACUUGGCAGUGAACUCAAGGAACAUUACAAGAUUGAGGCUUUCACUCCUUUGCUAGCCCCAGCACAAGAGCUUGUCACUCUACUGGGCCAGAUUGGCUGUGAUAGCAACGGGAAGCUGAACAAUAAGUCAGUGAUUCUCGAGGGAGACCGGGAACAUUCCUCAGGUGCUCAAAUUCCAGUGGAUUUAUCUGAACUUAAGGAAUAUUCUCUGUUUCCCGGACAGGUUGUAAUUAUGGAAGGAAUCAACACCACUGGUAGGAAACUUGUUGCCACCAAGCUGUACGAGGGUGUGGCACUUCCAUUUUAUCAGCCCACCGAAGAGGAUGGAGACUUUGAGCAAACGAUGGUGCUGGUUGCCUGUGGGCCAUACACCACAUCUGACAGCAUCACAUAUGACCCCCUCCUCGACCUGAUUGCUGUCAUCAACCACGACCGGCCAGAUGUCUGCAUCCUGUUUGGCCCUUUCCUGGAUGCUAAGCAUGAACAAGUGGAGAACUGUCUACUGACAAGUCCAUUUGAAGACAUUUUCAAGCAGUGUCUACGAACAAUUAUUGAAGGCACAAGAAGCUCCGGCUCCCACCUUGUCUUUGUCCCAUCAUUGAGAGAUGUGCACCAUGAGCCUGUGUACCCCCAGCCACCUUUCAGCUACUCCGAUCUGUCUCGAGAGGACAAAAAGCAAGUACACUUUGUGUCGGAGCCCUGCAGCCUCUCCAUAAACGGAGUGAUCUUCGGCUUGACGUCCACAGAUCUGCUGUUCCACCUGGGGGCCGAGGAGAUCAGUAGUUCUUCUGGAACUUCAGACAGAUUCAGCCGAAUUCUCAAGCACAUCCUGACCCAGAGGAGCUACUACCCACUCUAUCCGCCCCAAGAAGACAUGGCCAUUGACUACGAGACAUUCUAUGUCUACGCACAGCUGCCUGUCACCCCAGAUAUCUUCAUCAUCCCGUCAGAGCUGAGGUACUUUGUGAAGGUAGGUUUGAACUCUGCUUUUUCCCAGAAACAGAACCCAGCCUUUGAGUUUCCCUUCAGACGACCUGGCACUCACCCCUCAUGGGUCUGCUGAUGGGGAUGGGCCUCUAGCAACCUGCCCUGGGGCCUUGUUUCUUUGGGGAAGGUGGUGGGA